AUGGGAGCAGCUGGCUUGUGCACAUUAUUAUUCUUGAAUAUCUCCGCCUUUGUAUUCCUUGUGCUUUCCUCUUUAGUUUAUUCAUCAUCACUAUCAUUUAACCUGCCCAAUUUUGGUCAUGGUUAUUCUAAGAGCAUCGUUCUGUACGGAGAUGCAGAAUUCUCAAACCAAGCCAUCCAACUCACACCAUUUGAAGGUGAAAGGGCCUUCAAAGCUGGCCGAGCCAUGUACGUCUAUAGAUUGCACCUAUGGGACAAGGCAUCUGGAGUUUUAGCUGAUUUUUCCACCAGUUUCACCUUCAACAUCAACUCAGAUGGUAACAGUAGCUAUGGCAAUGGCCUGGCCUUUUUCUUAGCCGAUUUUUCGAACCCAUCUGAUACUUCUAUGACUUAUGGUGGCGGCCUUGGCCUAAUGAAUGAGGCUCUCCCAGUUGUAUCAGCAGACCGUUUCGUCGCUGUGGUGUUCCGUACAUUCUCAUUCCAGCCUCUCACAAAUGUAAGUAUCAACGUUGGAUCUACCUUAAAAUAUGUGAAUAGUAUGGGAUGGCUUAACGACAUUACAAGCGGGGUAGAUAAUAAGGCUUGGAUUACUUAUAGUGCUAGUACCCAGAUUCUCCAAGUUAACGUUACAGGAACCUUGGGUGGCAAGAAUUGGACACACAGUCUUUGGUAUAAGAUUGAUCUGAGGGGUUACUUGUCGGAACAAGUUUGCUUUGGCUUCUCAGCAGCAACAGGAAGUUUCUUUGAGAAACACACCGUCAGAUCGUGGCAGUUCGAUUCCACCUCACCUCCAAAUACUGCGCCUCCUCGAGAAGCAAAGAAGAAGUGGAAUAUUGGAAAAGUGAUAGGGUUGUGUAGUGGUGUCCUUGUAAUAUUUGGGAAAUGUGCAGUGAUUUAUGUCGUGUGUGAGAAGAGACGACGGUCCAAGAAGAAUGAUAAUAAUGUCAUCACUCUUGGUGGUAAGGUAAAAUUGACGACACCACAAGAAUCAACCUUAGAAGAAUCUUAG